AUGCUGAAGUAUGGAACCUUCAACACCACUGCGAUCUACGUAGGAAGGAAGACUGAGCAAGACGCGACCGGCUUCAAUGUUACUGGGAAUUGGAGGGUCAAUAGUCUGCGCAUCCUGAUACGACCGUAUAUGAGAGAGUCCUAUACUUCAGCCCGAACGGGGCGGUUGGCCGGGCAACGGGGCGCCCGGGCGGCACAACACCCGCUCGCCUCGCCGCUCGAUCCUUCAGCAUCGAUUACGCGACAACUCUUCAUUGAUAUCCCCGGCCCUCGACUGUUUCUGACUGCAUCCUCUAUCCUAAUAGUACUAGCAGCUGCAUUAUUUCCUCACUCCUCCCCACUCCCCUCGACCCCCAACCUCGGACCGAUUCACAUUCCAGUCGCCUCCACCAUGAAGAUGGAGGACUUUGUCUGUCCUCCGGACACAUUCCGCCCGGCAUGUCCGCUACACCUCAGAUCCACCUUCUCCCACGAAGAUACCCGGUUCAGAUUCACCCCCGUCAAAGUCGCCAAAAGCGCCCCCCGCGUCUGGGAACGCAAACCGUCCACCGCGUUCCGCGCCCGCGGCAAGUCGCGUACUGUCUGGAAGCGCUUCCGCUCCUCGUUCAACAGCAUGAAGGGCCUGCAGCAGCUGGUCGGGGCGGAACGUCACACCAUUGACGAGGAACUACAAUUGGAGAUCAACGUCACGCGGAAUCCCGGCCUCCUUCGCGGCACGAAGCGCAGGUGUUUUGCGCUGGAGACAGAUGGGGUGGACGGUGGUGUGCGUGGACGCUCGUUUCUCGAGACGCAGUGGGAGUCGGAAACCUAUGGUCGCAGACGCAAAUUACCCCUCGUAUAUAGCGAUUUCGUGGACAUCCCCGACGAGCCGGUGGAAUUCGACAGCCUACAGCCAGGGGCUCGUGACGAUGUCAGCGACGCCGAGGAUGAGCCCACGUCGACGUUGGACGAAACCCUCGCGGAGAACUCGGCCGCUGCAGACGAAUCAUCCAGCCCGAUCCCUGACACCCCCACCAGACUGGCCCCCGCCGCAGCCUAUCCCCGCCUGCUACAUGGCCAUCCUGCCCUAGUGGCCGGUGGGCUGGCCAGCGAUGCAGACAUAAAAGCCCCCGAGCGCGGCGAACAGCCAGUGUUGGACAUUUCGGACGCGAGCGCUGAGGACUCCACGACUCCGGACGAGACCGACCAGGAUGAAUCAGUGGAGACUACAUUGAACGGCGAGCUACUCCCUGUCGAACAGCCGACCGUGACAGUAGACGCGAAAGCCCUGAACGACCCCGCGGCUGAUUUAACGGCCGAGCAGGAAUCGACCCUGGUCCGGUCGGCCCUGCGCAGCUCAUUGGACGGAGAAGACGCGGAGCUGCUCAGCAACUUCCUGUCCAAGGCUAAGGCCAAGCGCGAGGCCAAAGCCGCCGCGAUGGUCGCGCAGGAUGCGGAACCCGAGAAGACCGACCCAGAGACAACCGCCGUGAUUGCGUCCGUGGUCGCGUCCCCGAUCCCGCAGUCGCGCCGCGUGCUGGAAGAUCUCGACACCAACUCUCCCUCGCCCCAGAAGUCUCAGCAGUCACCCACCAAAGCGCUAGACAAUGAAAAUGGCAGCCCCCAGCCCUCCAGCCCUCGCCGAAGCACCCGACCCCGCACCACGCGCUCUUCCCCCAUGCGGACGGCCACCGCCGCCGCUGCCGUGCGCAAUACGCUCUCACUGCGCCGCGCCAAGGGCACCGAAUUCAUCUUCCUGCAGCGCACAGAGGCCCAGGAGCUGGCACUGGCGACGCGGCGGAACACGCGACUGAAUCGAGGCAAUGCGUUGAUGCCGAAGUUCGUCUUGCAAGGGCUGGUGCGCAAGUCCCAGGAAUCCAAGAAAGAGCCCUCCUCGACCACUCCUAGCUCGGAUGACGACAAGCCUGCAGACGACUCGGGGCGGCCCCCAAAGACGGCAAAGAAGCAUGUGUCUUGGAACGAUGCCCAGCUCGUGCGAUUCCAGGGCGACGAGGAUGGUGUGACGGACCCCCGUGACGUCGCCGCGCUGGCAGGUAAGGGGUCCGACAAUACCUCCGAGCAAAGAAAGGCAGCCAGUAGUCGCACUACGCGGGCUCAAGCGGCGCAGAAGACUGGUGGGGAGGAUAGCCCCGACGCAGCCACUACUGCACCUGCUACUGCAACACCUCGGACGCGGCGCGUGCGUCGGCUGGGUGCGGGAGCUCCCAAGCUCGACUUGACUAUGGCCUGCUCCCCCUCAUCCCCCUCAAGCAGCGACAGCCCGGUUCAAAAACGCAAGAAGCUGACCCCGAAGUCCCCCAAGACCGCGAUGGAGACGCCGUCCAAGUCUGUCGGCGGCAUCAAGACAUCACUGCGCAGUAGUAGCGCAAAGACGAAUCUGCUGAAGGUCAAUGCUGGCUCGACCCCGGUCGCGCGGAAAGUCCGCCCGCGUCCGUGA